AUGGAGGAAGUUCAGCGUCAUUCGGUGCACACUUUGGUGUUCCGUUCAUUAAAACGUACCCAUGAUUUCUUCGUUGCAAAUCAGUCCUUGCUACCGGAGAUUGAUGAAAACAUGGAAAAGCAUAAAUUUAACAUUAAAGCUCGGGAUACGUAUGGUUUGGUGUUUGAUCGCGCUGCCAAAGCAAAAGCAUUAGCGGCGAAGAGAGGUGACAGUGAUCGAAAUGAUGGACAGAAUGGCGUCAAGGAAGGUGUUCUAGCAAUAACGGCCGGUGAGCAGGAAGGAAUAGCACCGGAUGGAACUCAGACUCAGAAUACUCAGACAGCACUAGUGCAGGCAUCAACACCGGUGUCGCAGAAUACCACCAACGCCGUGCAGAUACUACCGAAGAAAGCACCAACCAUUCCCAAACCUAAAUGGCACGCUCCGUGGAAGCUCUGUCGUGUCAUUUCGGGUCAUCUCGGCUGGGUACGAUGCGUUGCCGUUGAACCAGGCAACGAAUGGUUCGCAACCGGUGCUGCCGAUCGCGUAAUUAAAAUUUGGGAUUUAGCAAGUGGGAAACUAAAACUUUCCCUUACGGGACAUGUAAGCACCGUACGGGCACUGGCCGUAAGUCCGCGUCAUCCGUAUCUCUUCAGUUGCGGUGAGGAUAGGCAGGUAAAGUGCUGGGAUUUGGAGUACAACAAAGUAAUACGGCACUACCAUGGGCACCUGUCUGCGGUGUAUACGAUGUCACUGCAUCCCACGAUCGAUGUGCUUGUAACGGCUGGCCGUGAUUCGACGGCACGCGUGUGGGAUAUGCGUACCAAAGCUAACAUUCACACACUGACCGGACACACGAACACAGUGGCGAGUGUGGUCACACAGGCUGCCAAUCCGCAGAUUAUUACUGGCAGCCAUGACUCGACCGUACGAUUGUGGGAUCUGGCCGCCGGAAAGAGUAUGUGCACGCUAACAAACCACAAGAAAAGUGUGCGUGCGAUCGUACUGCAUCCGUCACUGUACAUGUUUGCCUCGGCUUCGCCGGAUAACAUAAAACAAUGGCGCUGUCCGGAAGGAAACUUUAUACAGAAUCUUGGUGGACACAACUCGAUCGUGAACUGUAUGGCCGUAAAUCCGGAAGGCGUGCUAGUGUCUGGUGGAGAUAAUGGAACGAUGUUCUUCUGGGACUGGCGCACUGGAUACAAUUUCCAGCGCUUCCAAGCCGCAGUACAACCCGGCUCGAUGGACAGUGAGGCGGGCAUUUUCUCCAUGACGUUUGAUCAGUCUGGUUCCCGGUUGAUCACUACCGAGGCAGACAAGACGAUCAAAAUUUACAAGGAGGAUGAUGAAGCGACGGAAGAAUCGCAUCCUAUCAAUUGGCGUCCGGAGAUUAUUAAACGUAGGAAGUAUUAA